AUGGGUACAGUCUACCCUCCCUUCCAACAACCAGUCCAUCCUUUAGAUGAUGGCAACCAGCCCUACGACCCAAAGAUGCAACUCAUGGCCCAGGAUCCGCCAGGCAUGAAUCUAUAUAGCACGCUUCCCCAGGGUCCUUGGGAGCAAUGGUGGUCUCCCGAGAAUGCCGUCUUUGCCGAAGCAUCAAACAUGGCCGCUCCAAAUGCCUACGCGCAAGAACACCAACAACAAUACGCCCAGUACGCCUACGAUCAAGAUUCCUCCACACAAUGGGCAUCCCCAUCAACCUCAAUGCACAGCUAUCCCAUCCCAUCCCCUUCAACAGAGUCAACAAGCGUAGUGAAUUCGACCGGUGACUCCGAAAGCCGUCGAGGCUCUUCAUCAACCCAGCCCGACAAACGAAAGCGCAAUGCGAGUCGAUCUACAGCGUCAAAAGCUCCAAGACGCGCGUCAACUCGCAAGACAACCAAAACAGAAGUAGUAUCAGAAAAGCCCAAAGGACGCGGCAAAGGCAAAGCAGUCGCUAAGCCGCAACCCACGAAAACUCCGUUUCCCGAGCCGGAAGAGGAACUCGACGAGCACAGCAAAAAGGUACAGGAGCGAAACCGCGUCGCCUCCAACAAAUUCCGCAUCAGGAAGCGCGAAGACGCCAAGAAACUUCGAGCCGACGAACAAGACAUGGAACGAGCCAACCGCGACCUGUCAAGCUGCGUAGCCGACCUCACGAUGCAAGUCUACGACCUCAAGAUGAGACUCCUACAACACACCGACUGCGAAUGUCAGUUGAUUCAAGACUUCAUCGCGAGCGAAGCACACCGAUACAUCCAAGACCUGGGCGAAGGAAAACAGAACCAUGCGACACCGCCGAUUUGCCCCUUUCCCCAGCACAAUUGAGAAGAGGCCCCCGUGUACGAUUAAAAAGAUACGAAGACGAUGAUUAUGACGAGUCGAUACGAUAAAA